AUGGACUUCGCUACCAAAACUGAAAAGUUCGUCGAAUGGUUAGCUAAUCAGGAUGUGGAAAUCUCAAAUAAAGUGGAAGUUCAAGACCUAAGGAGUAUCGGUCAAGGAAGAGCUUUAAUUGCUACAGAAGAUAUCUCUCUCGACGAGGAUCUCUUCAAGCUUCCUAAGAGCAUCUUCCUCAAUGCUACCAACAAUUCUUUAAUUGCCGACCGUCCUGACCUCUCUGAUAAAGUUCUUGGCCUUUCUCAAUGGGAAGCAUUGAUUUUUGUUCUUGUUUAUGAAUGGCAAGUCAAGGGCGCUGAAAGCAAGUGGAAGCCAUACUUUGAUGUGCUCCCAAUCAACGACACUGAGAAUUACAACUUCGACCAGCUUAUUUUCUGGUCUGAAGAAGAAGUGGCUCUUUUAAAGCCAUCUUUUAUUACAAAGAGAAUAGGAAAGAGCUCGGCUGAGGCCCUUUUGCAAAAAGUCAGAGAAAUCAUCCAGUCAUUUGGUAUCACGGAGCUUGAGGACGUAUCUCAGCAGACUCUUCAUAAGGCAGCAGCACUCAUCAUGUCGUAUUCUUUUGAUGUACAGCGUGAAGAGCCCCUGGAUACCCAUCAGGAGGAGGAAGAGAGUGACGACGUGGAUGUCAAUGGCUCUGCCUACAUCAAAAGCAUGUUGCCCUUGGCAGACACAUUGAAUGCAGACACCAAGGGCCACAAUGCCAGUCUCAUGAAUCAGGAGCAGAAUCUCAUUAUGAGAUCAAUCAAGGAUAUUAAAAAGGGCGAACAGGUCUUCAAUACGUAUUCUGACCACCCUAACUCUGAGAUUUUAAGACGUUACGGAUAUGUUGAGCCUGAAGGCUCGUUAGCUGAUUUCGCAGAAAUCUCCCUUGAACAAAUAAAAAAUUACUUUUCGGAGAAUACUUCUCUUUCUGCCUCCAAUGUGGACGACAUCAUCAGCAUAUUAUUAGAGGUCCAAGAGGAAGAAGACGAAGAGUUUGUGAUUGAUAGUUAUGAUUGUUACGUUUCGGGGGAAGCCAUUUUUGAACUAAUUUUUGUCGUUCAGCUUUUAACUGUGCUUGCAGGUAUUAACAAUGAACAGACAUUUAAUGAUAGAGAGUUGGAGUCAAAGGGUAGGGCGAUAAGAAGAGUUUUUAAGAAAUGCUACCAGCUAUUAGAAUCUGGAAAGCUCACAGAAGAUCUUCGGACUAACAUUAUCAAGAUCAUAAAGGCUCGCAUGUCUGAUUAUAAAUCAAUUGAGAACGAAGAUCUUGUCGCCCAAGCGGUGUUAACCAGGCCAGCAAUGGCAAAGGUUGUCCUUCGAUCUGAGUACGAAGCAUUGCGCAAGUGUGCUGAUGGUGAUAAGCUUUUCUCGACAGAGGAAAGAGACUACAGUUUUAUUCCAGAUCAGAAGUUAUUGAAGAAUAUCUUGAAGAAAGAUCUCUUCCUUGAUGACUCGGCAAAGAAGCAAAAGACGGACCAGUAA